AUGCGGGAAGGGCCGGACGCGCCGGGCUCAAAUACAGCAGACUCCGGCGCCACCGCGCACGCACGCACGCACGCGGAGCGGGGGCCCUGUCCAAAGCGCGUGAUCCAUUUCCUCCUCGCUUCCUUCUCUCUCGGUCUCGGUGCGUGCGUCACUCCGUCGGCCCGUCCCCCUCACCGGCGACUUCUCGCCUCGCGGCCACUCCCAGCCCCAGCGUGGGCGCGUGUGUUGCGAGCCAUGGCCGGCGAGAAGAGGAUGUUCGGCUUCGAGGAGGUCGCCAAGCACAACGUCGCCAAGGACUGCUGGCUCGUCAUCGCCGGCAAGGUGUAUGAUGUCACCCCUUUCAUGGAUGAGCAUCCUGGUGGAGAUGAGGUACUGCUGGCAGUAACCGGGAAAGAUGCAACCAGCGAUUUCGAAGAUAUCGGACACAGUGAUUCCGCAAGGGAGAUGAUGGAGAAGUACCACAUCGGGGAGAUUGAUGCUUCAACCAUCCCAGCAAAGCGUACAUUUGUACCUCCUCAGCAAGGGUCCCAUGUCCAGGCCAAGGAUAGCGACCUCCUCAUCAAGAUCCUGCAGUUUCUUGUUCCCAUUUUAAUCUUGGGGCUUGCAUUUGGUGUCCGGCACUACAGCAAAUCUGAGUAG